GGCCGUACUUGACUGAUGGACUGCCAGGGUUGCUUCCGUUCGUUGUUGAAACGUCCAUUGAAUUGCCUGGUAGAUUGUUUCUAAAGUGUUGAUAGUACGGUUUUGUAUGGCUAGGCGAUUGAAGCUUGCUAGAUAUAAGAUACAUAGGCUUCCUUCUUUCUAUGAUCGUGUGGGUAAUCCUACUUGUAUUUCUUCUUCGCAUUAUUACUAUACAUAUUUAUAUUUGAUUGAGAGAAAUUGGAAAGAUGGCGAAAACAGAAUGGGUAGCUUGUACAGCUCUUGCUGCAAUCUUGGUUUAUGUUUUUCCACACUGCUUCAUUGUCGACCGGAUUUCGAGAUCAGCGAUUCGUUUUCUUCUAGUUGACAUUUCAUUAUUUUCAUUUUGGCGCAUGUUCAUAUACCCUUUCUUCUUCAGUCCUCUUCGUCAUCUACCAGGUCCAGUGUCGUAUAACUUUCUCUGGGGUAAUGGCACAGCACAAUUUACCAAGCCGCCCGGACAAAAAAUUCAAGAGUUCGUUAGAGAUGUACCAAAUGAUGGUUUACUCCGGAUUCGAUCCUUUGGCAAUAUUGAAAGACUCGUUCCAACAUCUCCUCAAGUAUUGAAAACUAUUCUAGCGGAUAAUUCAUACGAUUAUGAAAAGCCACAUGGAGUUCGGAAAUUUCUUUCUUUGAUCUUGGGCGAGGGACCUAUCCUGUCUGAAGGUUCUCUUCACAAGUUUCAACGCAAACAUUUACUUCCCGCUUUUCAAGUCAAACACAUAAGAGGACUAUAUCCAGUAUUCUGGUCUAAAGCUCUUGGUCUUGUCGAAGGUAUCUCUCAAGAGAUAAGCGAAACAAGUACAUUGGAGAAAAGAAAUGAAUCACAUAUCGAAUUUAAUGAAUGGGCUACUCGUGUUACAUUAGAUAUUAUUGGUGUAGCUGGUGUGGGUAGGGACUUUGGUGCUCUUCGAAAUCCAGAUGAUCCUCUCGUACGGGAUUACAACGAACUUCUCGAACCUACCCUUGGUAAGGGUCUUUACUUCGCAGCCAAUAUCUUCGGCCCUCAAGAUCUCAUUCAAAAACUCCCAUUCAAAUAUAGCAAGGUAAUUGCUGAAACAACCGGGAAUCUUCGAACCUUCUGUCGCGAAGUCAUCGAUGAAAAACGACAAGCAGUAAGCGAAGGUAAAACAAUAGACGGAAUGGAUAUCCUCAGUAUCCUCGUCCGAUCCAACGAUUUCAGCAACGAAGACCUCGAAGAUCAACUCCUUACAUUCCUAGCCGCAGGUCACGAAACCACAUCUUCAGCACUCACAUGGGCCAUCUAUCUCCUCGCCAUCCAUCCUGACUGGCAAGCCAAACUCCGUCAAGAAAUCCACGCUGCGAUUCCUUCCCCGAGCGAUCCCAACUCCUCACAACCAGAUCACACAAUCAUCGAUUCUCUCCCCAUUCUCAACGCUGUCAUGCAAGAAACCUUGCGUCUCUAUCCCACCGUUCCUAUCUCCGUACGCAAAACCACCCGCCCUACAAGCAUCACACUUCCCAACUCCGCACCCCUCUCAAUCCCUCUCGGAACACGCAUGCUCAUUUCCCCCCUCGCGAUCAACCGAUCUCCACUUCUCUGGGGCCCCAAGGCCGAUGAAUGGUCUCCAGAGCGCUGGCUCCAAGACGGGUGUGCGAAUACCGGAGGCGCGGAGAGCAAUUUUGCGAAUAUGACGUUUUUCCAUGGCGAGAGGAGUUGUAUUGGAAAAGGGUUUGCGAUUAGUGAGUUUAAGUGUUUGUUGGCUGGGACGGUAGGAGGUUUGGAGUGGGAAAUGUGGGAUAAGGAGGAGAGGGUGAAGGUGGGUGGGGUGGUGACGACGAAACCGGUAGGGGGUAUGAAUGUGAGGAUGAAGGUUGUGGGGUGGUAGUUUCUUUUGGGGGAUCUUUCGGAGGUUGAGGAUCUUUUUGGAAAAUUUGUGAAUUUAAGGGUGUUAAUUUGAAUAUCCUACGGUAUAUUAGGCGUUCGGUGCAAGUACAAGCCAUUUAUAGUUAAGAUAAUGAAUACAUGCAACUAUACAACUUUACAAUCUAAAGUAAAUGCAACAGAAAGCA